AUGGAGGUAUUUGAACAAAGUCGUAGUGUAAGAAUUAUAUCGACGUCAUUUGAUCCCAGAGACUUAGCGAAGCUGGUAAGAACGAGUCACAGUUUGAUCCCGGAAGAAGGGGUGUUACCGGAGUUUUCUGCUAGUGAACGAAUCCAACGACCGCCUGUUGAUCGUGGUGCAGUGCCACAGAACACACAGAGGGAAGGACUGAACAUCCCGGGGUUUGAGUUUAGUAAUGGGAUUCCAACUCAAAAAACCAAGCCUGUGGCGACAGGAAGUAUAUCGGAAGAAUCCCGCCGUCCUUCUGUAAUAGAAGAAAAUAUCGUAAAAGUAUCGUCAAAUCAGUCAAAAUGCACGCAGGUAAAGCGGAUUGUUUUCAUCAAGACACACAAAACAGGCAGCACAACAGUAUCAUCGAUAUUCGACAGGUAUGGUUUCCAUAACAACCUUUCAUUGGCGAUGGACAAGAGAAGUGUUCAGGUUGGUGGUCACAUGUUCUCCAAUCAAAAGUUGUUUAAUCGUACUAUGGUGGAAAACUCUCCGCUAUCGCUAGAGGGCGACCGAACAUACGACAUGUUGACGAACCACGUGCGUUAUUAUAGACCCGAAAUGGAGUUGGUCGUCCCGAAUGCGAAAUAUUUCACUGUACUAAGGGACCCAGUUAGGCAGUUCGAAUCUUCGUUCGGGUAUUUUGGAUGGGAAGAAAAAAUGGAAGGCUCAUCGGACCCCCUAGGAACGUUCACCGAGAACCUGUCAACACAUUUCGAACAAGCCGAUCUCCCAUACUGGUGGCAAAUGAAGAACGGUCAAAUUUACGACCUCGGACUUGAUCACAGUUACCAUGACAACGAGACGGCGGUUACCCAAAAAAUAACCGAAAUAGAAAGAGAGUUGGACUUCGUUUUGAUCACGGAGUACUUUGACGAGUCGUUAGUGAUAUUGAAACAAAUUCUAUGCUGGGAGCUACAUUAUAUGCUCUAUAUACCGAAUGGCAUACGAAGUCAAAAAUACGUCUACAAAAUCAAGGACAGAUCAAGAGCAAAUAUAAUUAAGUGGAACAAAGCAGACAUGAUGCUGUACAGGCAUUUUAAUAGGACGUUGUGGCAAAGGAUAGAAAGUUACGGUUCAAACUUUGAAUAUGACUUGAAUGAGUUCCGUAGACAGCGACAGAUUGUAACAAACCAGUGCCUGGACGGCACCAUGUCGCCUGUACGCGGCACACCGAGAUGGAGCCGAGUUAAUUUGAAACGUGGUGCACCGAGUAUAUGCUACGAAUUGUGGAAAGGCGAUGCCACUUAUACCAAAAUAUUGCGUGAACGGCAAAACAAGGGUGGAAUCAAAACGGACAUAAAUGGGCGACAAAUUAAAUACUAA